AUGAACCAGGAUUUGGCAAAGAUUGCUGCGAGCAAAAAGCUCAUUUUCGAGACUAUUGCGUUGUUAAUACCAACGGAGAUUUCAUUCAACAAGGUGGUUUGGAUGAGCAACUUCCGAGCUAAUAUCUGGGUGGUGAAUAAGUUUAGCGAGGGUCGAGUGUUCAUUACAGACGACGCUGCUCACGUCCAUCAUAGCCCAACGGGUGGUCGGGAACUCAAUUCAGGCGUACAAAAUGCAUUCAAUCUGAGAUGGAAGCUUACACCAAGUUCGGUACCGUCCACGACAAAUUUUUAG